AAGUGAUUGCAGGGAACCUAAUCUUUCGUCUUGCUGUUAAACGUAUUGUUUAAUAUCCAAACUUUAUUUAUAUAUAAGCGAGUCUACUCAAGGUCUCCCGAAUAAUAAUUUUGAUGGAAAUUCUACCGCUCGCCAGUGUCCUGCAGAAGUGAAGAGCUGAAAAUUUUAUAUGUUCGAACUUGUGUUUCAUUUGCUAUUCAUGAUCUGCGUCCCUUAAAGGGAUGAAAGUGAUCUCGAAAGACGAAAGUUGAGAUGCCGAACGAAAUAGACAAAAUUGUUGCACCAAACCAUUUGAAUGAGAAAUUUUUUAAAAGAAGCCUGGAAAAAGGGCUUCAAAUUAGCGGAGUAGAAAUCGUUGAUUUGCAAAUAACGAUGGGGAGCCAACCUGGUGAUAACUACACAAGCACAAUUUAUCGGGCCAAGGUGACAUACAGAGAACCCAAUUCAGGAAAUAAGGAAAUUUCCCUAAUUGUGAAAAGUAUUCCAAUAGACGAGCAUCGUAAAUCGAUAGAAGAGUUCGGAAUGAUAGAUAAGGAAAUCAACGUUUACGUUGAGUUAUUACCCAAACUUUCAAAAAUAUUGGGUGAUACCUCAGUGGCCCCAAAAUGUUUCGCAAUUUUCGAUGAACCCCACCGCAAUAUUGUAUUUGAAGACAUGAAAGCUCUGGGAUACAGACUUGCUGAUCGAGAGAUUGGUCUGGACGAGCAACACCUUAAAGUGGUGCUGAACAAAAUUGCCAAGUUUCACGCCGCAUCGAUUCAGCUGUUGAACAAAGAGCCAGCAAUCGAGAAAGGCUAUACUUAUGGAUUCAUUACAGAAAAAUCGCUGGCCGAUCCAAUCUUCGAAACGGCGUUUAAAGGAAAUAUGAAAUUAGCUGCCGAAAAAUUAAAUAAGACACCAAGGUAUGAACGGUUCUCCCCAAAACUCAGGAAAAUUUAUGACAACUUCGAAGAUAUUGCUUUGAAAACGGUUGGACUUGAUCCUGGGAAUGAUAUAAAAGUAUUAAAUCAUGGUGAUUUAUGGGUCAAUAACUUCCUUUUCAAAUAUGAUGAAGAAACACAACAACCAAUAGACAUAGUGUUUGUUGACUAUCAAGCAACCUACUUCAAUAGUUUGGGAAUCGAUUUGAACUAUUUAUUUGCCACCAGCUGCCAAGUAAAUAUUCUUAAGCGGAAAAUGGAACUAAUUGAAAAAUAUUAUUAUCCUGUAUUCGUGGAAGCUCUUAAGAAUUUGGGAAUUGGAUCUAUUCCAACUCUCCAAGAUGUGAUCAAUCAAGUAAAACAACGGGAAAUGUACGAUCUACUCUGUCUUACUGGCGUCUUACCACUGGUAUCGAUGGAUCGAAAAGAAUCGAAAGAUAAUAGCUUUGAACAGUUUGCGGAUAAGGAAAUGGCAAACCAAAAAACGUUAAUUGGAAUGUCCAGCGAAAGAUUUUCCGAGUCACUGAAAUAUACCGUGAAAGAUUUAGAAAAUUUGAUUGACAAAGCAAUAAGUAAAUAUUAGCAUAUUGUGUUUUCAAAUUUGCUUAGUUUAUAUCAAUUCUGAAGAUGUUUUACCCUUCUGAAGCCGGUAAUAUAGUUAUUGAUGU